UCUCCGUCGCAGCCGAGCUGGAACGCAGUAGUUUCUCUCCUACUCCGAAACUGGUUAACCGUGCGUCAUACUUACUCCUUAGGAGGAUGCAUCCUUCGAUCAGCAGCGCCGCGAGCAGAACCGGGAACGAGCUUGUCUAUGCCGUGCCGAUGCUGCAGCCUGGGCCCAAGAACAGGCUCCGCCGCAGUCGUGGCAGAACUUGUACAACUCGACGUGACCAAAUGCGCAAAUUAGCCUUGAGUAGGAAUGGCGCAAAAAGAGUAACAAAUGAAAUGUUGCACAUUUAUGCAACACUGGGCUGAAAUGGUGUAGCCAACAGUUUCUCUAGGGGAAGUUCAAAAGGAUAGAAGGGAAAGCACAUUUAAGAAUACCGCGCAUAAUUUCAGUUUUGCUCUGACAGUCAAAGGUGGCGCCACCGCGCCACAAAAGUUUUUUUUUUUUUAUGAAUUUGUUUGGCGGCCGGCUGAACGCUUGUGUGUUUUUGUCCGUAUUUUACUCCACGCGCUACUUCCGUGACAGAUUUUGACCCGCUCCCAAGGAAAUUGUAUUUGGCAAAUCAGACCGAGAACGAAAUGUCAUCUCAGCGCCAACUUUGAUCACAAGGAAGCGUAGUCAAAGGAGCCCGUUUUUUUUUUUCUGAGCGACGCACCUACUGAACGAGUGGCCGGUGUGGUGUGGUGAUCCAAGCAACGAGAUAUGUUCGUUGUUGUCCGCUGUGAUAUUGGUUUGCAAGUGCAGUGUUGUGUGGUCCGUAUGCUUCUUUUAUAUAUAUAUACGUAUGUAUUGUGCCAUUAGGUGCCUUGGAGUGGACAGAAUCUUCCGAUUCGCUCCAUCCGUUUCAUUCGAUAUGAGUGUUCGCGCGGUGAUUCGCGCACGGCGUUACUCGAAUUGUAGCAAAAAUAUUUCACGGCCGCAACACCGUUCUUCAACGAUUGUCGCCGUCGGUAGCGUGCGCUCCCGUGAAAGUGUCAAGCGGAACCCAUCAACACAUCCCAGCGACUUGCUGCGUCCCUCGCAUUGCUGUGUUCCUCGCAUUUCUGUGCACACCGUACCUUCAGGAAAUGCCAGCGUUACACCCCGGAUAAGACAACCACAGCACAUUACUGCUUCAGCAAGGCGAUCCAGCCCAUCUUUUUCUUUUGAAUUACCUUUAGCUGUGCUUCAUAUGCUUGCAACUGUUUUGGGGAACUUCUGGUCAAACCUUAGCAGUUGCACAGCUGGGUCCUCUACAAGCUUGGAAACUUACAUCACUGAAGACGGAGCUUCAAGCAAGAAAAUAGGGCACUACUGCAACCUUUGCCCCUAUGUCGCAAGGAGUUCACCAACUUUGAGACAACACCUGCUGACUCAUACUGGAGAGAGGCCCUUUGAGUGCACCAUCUGCUUGGCUAGGUUUGCACAAGUGGCAACACUUUCAAAUCACAUGCGCAGACACAGUGGAGAAAAACCGUACCAGUGUGCCAUCUGCCCGUAUAGAUCAGCUAGCAGGAGUUCCAUGUUGUACCACAUCAAAAACCACACUGGUGACAAGCCCUUUGCAUGUAACGAGUGCUCUUAUGUCACCGCAAACAGAACGGAUCUGGUAAAACAUAUUCGCGUCCAUACAGGUGAAAAGCCAUACAAGUGUCAGGAGUGCCCAUACGCUUGCGCCCAAAAAACGCACCUGUACCGGCACAUGUGGCGGCAUACUAAACUGCAGGAUCAAUUUCAGGGCCGUACUUCAUCUGGAAUGUGACGGAGUACAGCAAUGGGAGCCAGAAGAAUUCAAAUUUUCCGUCAGUCAUUAAAGGUGCCCCAGAACACUUUUUGACUGGGGUAAAUAAAUAAACCUGCUUCUUUGCUGGGCAGUGCUGUCCUCA